AUGGCGUUCGAGGAGACAAAGACGAUCUCUUGGUUAGAUUAUGGUGUUUUCGGUUUCUCCCUUUUACUGUCGAUUGGAACCGGUGUCUAUCAUGCAAUCAAAAGUCAUCUCAUUGUUCACCGUGGUGGUCGGUCGGCGAAAGAUGAGUAUUUGAUUGGUGGACGUCAAAUGACGCCUUUGCCCGUAGCCCUUUCCCUGCUCACCACAUUUCUCUCCGGGAUUCUCAUGUUGGCGAUACCGGCUGAGAUGUUUCAGAGAGGCCCACAAAUCUGGUUGAACCUUGUCGUUGGCGUUUUUGCUUCUCUGAUCACCGCCUUCGUUUUUCUACCGAUUUUUCACAAGAUGCAAGCCACAUGUUUACACGAAUAUUUCAUUCAUCGCUAUCGAUCCGUUCUCAUUCGCCGUCUCUUCUCUACCCUUUUCCUUUCGAUGACCAUUGUUUACAUGUCAAUUGUCAUCUACGCUCCCUCCGUGGCUCUAUCAGCUGUUUUCGGUGUUAAUAAAUGGGCGCUAGUGCUGAUGUUCGGUCUUUGUACAACUCUGUACACUUGUAUUGGAGGCUUAAAAGCCGUCGUUUGGACGGAUUCUUUACAAGCAGUUUUCAUGUACGGUGGAGUGGCGGCUCUGAUCUACAAGGGAUUGGCGCAUCCACGGGUCGGCGGAUUGAAUAGAGUUUUCCAAAUCGCCUCGGAAAGCGGUCGGCUUAGCGAGAUUUGGCGAUGGAAUGCCGAUAUUGCACAAUACAGCUCAAUUUGGAUCAAUAUUUUCUCGGGUACAAUCUGGUGGCUCAUGUUUUUCGGGGUGAAUCAAUUGGCCAUGCAACGAUACGUCAGCCUUCCAUCCGUUCAACACGCUCGCGGAAUCAUCUUCUGCACCCUGCUCCCCUUUGUCAUUCUCGUCUCGAUUGUUUCCUUUGUCGGGUUGUUGGUGUUGGCCUAUUUCCACAAUUGUAAUCCAUUGGAGACGGGACAAAUUCUAGAGACCGAUCACAUCACUAUUCUCUUUGCCAGAGACGUUCUACAGCCAACCCCGGGUCUCUUCGGUCUCUACGUGUCUUGUAUCAUGUCGGCCACGCUGUCCACUCUCUCAUCAGGAAUGAACUCAAUGGCAGCAGCUAUCUACGAGGAUUUUCUCAAGAAACGGUUAGAUGGAAAGAUCACCGACACACAAGCGGCACGGAUAAAUAAGUUAAUUGUUGUCUUGUGUGGCCUCAUCGCUACAGCUCUCGCAUUCACCUCCGAAUCAUUGGGUGGCAUUUUACGAGUUUGCAUGUCGGUGAUGGGUGCCAUGUCGGGUCCAAUGGUCGCCAUUUUUUGCAUCGCCAUCUUUUUCCCCAGAUCGGGAGUGAUCUCUUGUGUGAUCUCGUUUAUCGUCUCGAACAUAUUGAUGGCCAUCAUUUGCAUUGUCAACUAUUACGAAGAUCCCUACAAAAAUCUUUUCCUCUCAACGAAUACCAGUGUCAUUGGAUGCAGUGGUUUGGUGAAAAAUCCGCAUAAUUUUACAAUUCGCCAACAGCCUGACUACGAUGCACACUAUGGACAACCGGGAACUUUAUGGAUCAGUCGACUCUCCACACAUGGCUAUCCCCUCAUCGGUUUCAUCUUGAUGUUCGCAAUCGCUAUUCCAAUGUCGACCAUUUUGAAAGAGAAAGAGAUGAAGAAUACGAGACAUCUCACAUGGGCUGGAAGAAAAGAUCCAAUCCCCGUGGCCGAACAAGAGCUCGAUCAUUUCCUUAAAGAAAUCCCCAACAAUUUCAACGAGAAAUCGAAUCAU